CGUUUUGGUUCUGUUCAUUCUGCUUCUGCUGCCCACUGCUGAACUCUGGUCGCUGAUGUUCUUGCUGUUAACUUUCCGUCCAAAGGUCACAGCAGUCGGUUUGUGCAGCUUUGACAGUGAACUUUUGUGACUGAAACAAUGGUUUCCGCGUGGGAACAGGUCCUGUCAGGGUACCAGAGCAUAGUGGACAAUGGAGACAAAAGGACGGACCCCUGGCUGCUGGUCUACUCCCCCAUCCCGGUGACUCUCAUCUUCCUGGUGUACCUGGGUGUGGUCUGGGUCGGCCCUCGCCUCAUGAAACACCGGGAACCCGUAGACCUCAAAGUGGUCCUCAUCAUCUACAACUUCGGCAUGGUCGGCCUGUCUGCCUACAUGUUCUACGAGUUCCUGGUCACAUCAUGGCUGUCAAACUACAGCCUCCUCUGUCAGCCAGUCGAUUACAGCACCAGCCCCUUGGCCAUGAGGAUGGCCAGAGUCUGCUGGUGGUUUUUCUUCUCUAAGGUCAUAGAACUCAGUGACACGCUGUUUUUCAUCCUGAGGAAGAAGAACAGUCAGCUGACGUUCCUUCACAUUUACCAUCACGGCACCAUGAUCUUCAACUGGUGGUUAGGAAUCAAAUACGUGGCAGGAGGACAGUCUUUCUUCAUUGGCCUGCUUAACACCUUUGUGCACAUCAUAAUGUAUUCUUACUAUGGUCUGGCUGCAAUCGGGCCUCACAUGCAGAAGUACCUGUGGUGGAAGCGAUACCUGACCUCCCUGCAGCUGGUGCAGUUCAUGAUGUUCUUGGUGUACACGGGCAACAAUUUGCUCACGGAGUGCGACUUUCCGGAUGGCAUGAACUUGUUGGUGUUCGGAUACUGUGUGACGCUCAUCAUCCUCUUCAGUAACUUCUACUAUCAGAGCUACCUCAGCAAGAAGAAGCAGAAGUAGAAAUCAGUGGAGAGACAAACUGAAGCUUUAUGGGAUCCACUGACAUGAUCUUUUUUUGAUGAAGUAUCAAGUGAAAUUUUUUUUUCACCUAAUGAAUGUGAUUUGCAGUACUCAAUUUUGUCCACUAGGGGGCACAACACAUCCACAGUAUGACUGAUUACUUAUGGUUCUCAUUGUCUGACCCCUAAAGCCACUCAGUGUUUUUAACCCGUCUCUGUAAUUUUGUGUUUUUAUACUUGUUAAAGUAAGAGAAACCAUGGCAGGAUGAGUCAAUUAUUUAUUUCUUAAAUUGAGAAAUGAGAAACAUUCCAUGGAUGGUUGUAAACAAACUGUACAUUUUAUACACAUAAUAAUAAAGUAGGUCAGUUUCUCUGCAGUAAGUGCAGAAAUAAUGAGCCCAUAUCCUCCUCCAAGAAAAAUAAAUCCAAAAAACAGAAAAAAAAAAAAAAAACACAAGCAAAAUA